ACGUGCGUAUUAUUUAUGCGUAGACAUUGUGGCGCCGCUGGCUGCGAGAGCGAGAGGAAAACGUAGAAAGAAAGCGCUGUUGGGGGAGACUGGGAGAGAGAAAGAGAGAGAUAAGACUAUGAGUGAAGGUCCUGUGAACAGAGCGGAGAGCCUUGUGGCGCUCUAGUCGGGUUAGAGAGAGCCACUAGCAUAAGUUAGUGCGACUAACGUGCGUCUCGGUACCGUUAGACUUGUGUGAAGCGUCGAGGCGAGCAGACGUGCGCCGCUGCUCCUGCAGAAUAUACGCUGUCGACAGCUAAUACCACUACCAUUACAGCUACACACUGACACGCACACCUGUACACACCAACACUGUCGCAAGGUUCGAGCGGGCAAAAAUGUUGAGCAAGCGCGCGCGCAAAUCGAGGCGAAUCGAAAAUUAGUUAAAAAUCCACGAUUAACGGUGCACUAAAAAUCGACUAACGAAAACAAAUCAAAACAGAAAUCGAGUGACAGUGAAACCGGAGUGGAGUUAAAGGAAAAAUCAAUGCCGUUGCCGUAGCCGUUAACUGCUAACUGACGCACAGAUACACACAAACGCACACGUGUGUCCCAAAGCCAAAACACACCAAUACACGCGCACGGACACACGCAUACGCAUACAGGUUUAACCAAGUGAAAGUAACGGAAUUAGCAGCACAAUUGUGAGUGAAAGUUGAGGGGCCCAAGAAGUGGGAUAAAAACUUAAAGAAACAGGAUUAGAAGGUGUAGCUGGACCGAAGGACUCGGGUUUUGGGUCAAAAGUAGCCGAAAUAAAUAUUGCAUUGCCUACUUUCCAGCUGGGCGCUAAAUUCUUAAUGCUCUCUGGCUCUUGCUCUUUGCAUCUUCUUCUUCUGGUCCGCACGUGUAGCUUGUGUGUGUGUGUGUGUGCGUGCCAAAGUCGGUCAUAGUUGAGACAAAAACAGGUCUAAAAUAUAAAUAAAAACAUGCAACAAAAACAGGCGGCAGUAGCAGUAGCCGCCGACGCAGCAGCAACCUGAGCAAGAUAAACAAGCAAAACAAAGAAAACUGGGUCAGUAAGCGAGGCAGCGAGGAGGGCCAGGAGGCCAGGAGGCGCCAUGUUGCAUGUGUUGCAGCCAAACGUGUAACAUACUUUUCAGCGCCAUAAGAGAUGCGAUGCCCGAGCGGAAAUUAACUUUGGGGCUAUGAUGCGGACUUUUUGCAAACAAGCGACAAUGGAGCCGGCUUACGAGACUUGUGGCAACAAAAUAGGUUGCUGUGGCAGAACAGGAGCCACCAGAUCCAAAAAUCCAAAUAAAGAGCUACAAUAAGGCCAGCCCGGUGCUGGGAAACCCGCUUUUUGUUUGGCUUAAUAACUCAACUCCUACGGCAGCUGGACGGCAGCACGUGAAUAGGUAUUGCCCCAAUAGGUAUUGCCUGGAAUUUAAUUAAAGCCGGAAAGACCAAAAAUUCAAGAGCUGCCAGGAAAAAGGGGUUAAAGCAAAAAAGAGUGCCAGUCCCAGUCCCAGCGGCGGGGGUGGCGGGUGGACCAUAAAUCCACUCCCCCAUGCGGCAGCAGUUGCACGUUGCACGUUGCCAUCGAGCUGGCCCACGUCCACUGGCCAAUUAGUUGCUGCAACAGCCAAGAGCGGCAAUCGUUUGGGCCCCAUUGAACGUACAGCCGCCUCCACACUGAUGACUGCCGCCAAAAGGAGAGCGGGGAGCAGUGGCAGCAGCAGUGGAAGCAGCAGCAGCAGCGGCAGCAACAUUGGUAGCAAUGGCAGCAACGACCAGCAGUCCCAGCAGCAACAUCACCAGCUGCAGCAUCAUCACCAGGCCCACCAACACCACCAGGAGUACCAGCAGUUGCUGCAGCAUCCGCACCACCACUACCACCAGCACUACAGCAGCAACGGGCAGCACAACCACUCGGCCACCAGCCACCCACAGCAAUACCACCAGAGACAGCAGCAACAUCAGCAGCAACAGCACCACCACCACCAGCAACAUCAGGCGACACUGCGCGACUGUUCCGUCAAAUUGCCACUGGAUAUCCUAUGGUUGCCGAAAUCGGCCAUGCGACCGGCAGGACCCGAUACCUCGCCCACCGACUGCAUCCUGGUGGUGGGCGUGUCCCGUCCAAAGCUGGCCGUUGUCUUCCUCACGGUCAUGCUGAUCUCACUGUUCCUCACCUUUCACGUCCUCUACGACAGUGCUGUGUACAACAUCCAGGCCGCCCAGGCGGUUCACGAACGGCACCGCCUCUCUCUGGCCUCCUCCUCAUCGGCCUUGCCCUCCGCCUCGCAGUCUGGCGGAAUAAUGAGCUCCUCCGGCUUAGCCGCCGCCUCCCCACUGACAUCCUCUUCCAAUCAUCAGCCAGUUUUCGUGAAGCCAGUCCAGAGUUCGAAUCAGCUGAGCCAUCCAAUGGUCUUUCCCUCGAGUCGAGUUCAUUUUCCAAAAACCAGUCGUCGGCUGCCUCAGGCUCUCAUCAUUGGAGUGCGGAAGUGUGGAACCCGCGCCCUCUUGGAGAUGCUCUACCUGCAUCCCAGGAUCCAGAAGGCAGGCGGCGAGGUGCACUUCUUCGAUCGCGACGAGAACUAUCUGAAGGGCUUGGAGUGGUACCGCAAAAAGAUGCCUCACUCCUUCCGCGGCCAAAUCACCAUCGAGAAGAGUCCCAGUUACUUUGUGUCCCCGGAGGUGCCGGAAAGAGUGCGGGCCAUGAACGCGAGCAUCAAACUGCUGCUGAUUGUCCGUGAACCGGUGACCCGGGCUAUUUCCGAUUACACGCAGCUGCGUAGCCAUGCCGCCACCGCCAUCCUGCCCCUGGCCGAGCCACAGAAUGCGAAUCCCAAUCCCAGUCCCAGGGAGAGCUCCGGAGGAGGAGCCACUGGUGCUGGUGGAGCGGCAGCUGCCAAGAUGCCAUCGCCAUUGCAAUCGCAAUCGCUUCUUUAUGGGAAACUGCAGUCGGCCCGUGGGUAUGACAAUGCCCUCCUGGGGGGCAGCGGAGCCGGAGCCAAGGAGACAAAAGCCACGACAGGACCUGUGGCCAGGCGACCAGCAGGAGGAGGAGGAGGAGGUGGAGCAGCUUCCAUGGCCACGACGACACUGUCGCCCUUGGCAAGCGCCGCCCAAAUGGCAGCCAAGUCCUUCGAGGAGCUGGCCAUAUUUCCCAACGGCACCGUUAACGAGGCUUAUCGACCGCUCAGCAUCUCCAUGUACCACGUCCACCUCCACCGCUGGCUGGAGGUCUUUCCGCGCGAGCAGCUCCUGGUUGUCAACGGGGAUCGCCUUAUCGAGGAUCCUGUCUCGCAACUAAAACGCAUCGAGGCUUUUCUGGGCAUCGAACACCGCGUAAAGAGCGAGCACUUUUACUUUAACGAGACGAAGGGAUUCUACUGCCUGCGCUAUGACAACGGUGAUCGCUGCCUCAGAGAGACCAAGGGCCGGAAGCAUCCGCACGUGGACCCCGUGGUGGUGUCCAGACUGCGAAAGUUCUUCGCCGAGUAUAACCAGCGCUUCUAUGAGCUAGUGGGCGAGGAUCUGGGCUGGCCAGAGGAGUAAGAUACAGGUCCUUUUCAUAGGGAGGGCGUCGGAAAAAUGGAAACGCCUUUGCAGGCAGGAGGCCAAUAAAUCUGACGGUGGUCAAUCGCUAGCCGAUUUAAUUACAAGGCGCAACCGGGAGAGCAAAAUGGAAAAGUGAGAAAGAAAGUUUUCCCAGGACCUGGGACCUGGGCAGCCAUUUUGCGUUGCAUACUUUUCAGGGCGGCGCGCAAUAUUUCUGCCUGGCCGGAGCCGAGCAGCUCUGACAGUUCAAUUAUGCGCGCGUAUUGAAAAAUUGCAUUCCUAUUUGCCCCUGCCUCUGCCCCGCCACACCGCCUCCUGGCCACAUGUAAAUUUGCCUUUACACCAUCAGCAGCAGGAACUGGAAAGAAGAAGGAACAAGGAGCAGGAUACAAAAGCAUAAAAGGAACAAAAACAAAUAAAUAGUGAAAUAAACUGCACGCAUUUCGCUGUGCAGCAGGCCAUGAAAGUGUGUGUGUGUGUGUGCGACACACAAAUCGCUUAUAUAUGUAUCGUUUUAACAGGACAUAUAUAUAUAAAGCGAAAUAAAAGCAAUAUCUACACGA